AGAAGAAGAAAAUAAUAUCCAAAGUUCAAGAAAAGGAAAAAGAGAGGGAGAGACAGAGAAGCCGAAGCAGAAGGUCGCGGGGAGGCAACAGCAGGAUUCAUUCCCUCCCUCCAUAACGGGGCAAAGUCCUCCUUCCCGUUUUCUUGAUCGGAGUCCCGUCACCUCGGUCCCCCAUUCCCGACCCAGAUCCCACCGCUCCGGCACGACCUCGGCAAUGGCGGCGCGGGUGAUGACGGUCGCGCAGGACGGCACGGGGGACUUCCGCACGGUGCAGGAGGCGGUGGACGCGGUCCCGCUCGGCAACGCCUGCCGCACCGUCGUCCGGGUCGCGCCCGGGGUCUACCGGCAGCCCGUGUACGUGCCCAAGACCAAGAACUUCAUCACCCUCGCGGGGCUCCGGCCCGAGGACACCGUCCUCACCUGGCACAACACCGCCGCCAAGAUCGACCACCACCAGGCGUCUCGUUUGAUCGGGACGGGGACGUUCGGGUGCGGGAGCACGAUCGUGGAAGGGGAAGAUUUCAUUGCUGAGAACAUCACUUUCGAGAACUCGGCUCCUGAGGGUUCAGGCCAAGCUGUGGCGAUUAGGGUGACGGCAGACAGGUGUGCCUUCUACAACUGCAGGUUUCUUGGUUGGCAGGAUACAUUGUACUUGCAUUACGGGAAACAGUAUUUAAGAGAUUGCUACAUUGAGGGAAGUGUAGACUUCAUCUUUGGCAAUAGUACGGCUCUUUUGGAGCACUGUCAUAUCCAUUGCAAGUCAGCAGGUUUCAUAACAGCACAAAGCAGGAAGUCUUCUCAGGAAUUGACUGGUUAUAUAUUCUUAAGAUGUGUCAUCACUGGCAAUGGAGGAACUUCAUAUACGCAUCUGGGACGACCAUGGGGACCUUUUGGAAGGGUGGUAUAUGCAUACACAUACAUGGAUGCUUGUAUCAAGCAAGUGGGCUGGAAUAAUUGGGGAAAAACUGAGAAUGAAAGAACCGCUUGCUUUUAUGAAUACAGGUGCUUUGGGCCAGGCAGUUGUCCCUCAAAACGUGUGACAUGGGCCAGAGAACUGGUUGAUGAAGAAGCAGAACAGUUCCUAAUGCAUAACUUCAUCGACCCUAACCCCGAGAAUCCUUGGCUUGCUCAGAGAAUGGCCGUUAGGAUACCAUAUUCUGCCUAGAUGGUUUCAAGGUGUCACACUUUUCAAUAAAUUUGGAUUCUGUAUUUUAAGCCAAGAAUGUACGAGGGGAAAUCAACUUGAUGUCUGGACGUGGGGAUAAGGGAUUAUGUGGCUGAGGAAGGAUCAUAAUUAUGUGGCUAUUUAACGUGUGAUGCUUUACUUGGUGCA